UUGUUCAGUUUCGAAUCAACCCUCUUUCGAUCAUGGCGACCGUAGACGUGGAAGAUGAGAGUAUUUUGGCGUCGAUCUUUAAAGACAGCUUUCCAGACAACUGGAGAGAGAAUCCGGACAUCACGACGUAUUUAUCGGAGUUGAGCUCGUAUGGUGUGGAUAAAUUAAACCGUGAGCCGGAGCGUCUGUCGGAGGAGAGAGCUCAGAUCCUGCAGCAGACCCGAGAACUGGCCUUCAGUAACUAUAAAACCUUCAUCAGGACAGCUGACUGCACACAACACAUCUACACUGACUUCAGCAGAGUGGAGAACAGUGUGUCUAAACUACUCAAUAAACUACCCAGCUUUGGAGAGAAAUGCAGAGGUUUUAUAAAGGAAGCCGAGGAGAUCAGUGUGAGCAGGCGAAUGAACAGCCUAACACUGAAUCGACACACGGAGAUCCUGGAGAUUCUCGAGAUUCCUCAACUGAUGGACACAUGUGUGCGUAACGGAUACUAUGAAGAGGCACUGGAGCUGGCAGCUUAUGUCAAGAGGCUGGAGAAAAAACAUUCAUCACUUCCUGUCAUCCAGGGAAUUGUGCAUGAAGUUCGACUGUCUGCGCAGCUUAUGCUGAACCAACUCCUUCAACAACUGCGUAGCAAUUCACAGCUCCCAGUGUGCCUGCGUGUGAUCGGCUACCUGCGAAGAAUGGACGUUUUCACUGAAGCUGAGCUACGUGUCAAGUUCCUGCAAGCGCGUGGAAGCUGGCUGCAUUCUAUCCUCGUUGCGAUCCCUGAUGACGACCCUUACUUCCACAUCACCAAGACCAUUGAAACCUGUCGCGUACAUCUCUUCGACAUCAUCACCCAAUAUCGCGCAAUCUUCUCCGAUGAGGAUCCGUUGCUGCCACCUGGUGGUCAGAUGUUGAACGAGAGCGCCAUCUUUCAUGGCUGGGUCGUGCAACAGGCGGCGCAGUUUAUGGAGACCCUGGAUCGGGACCUCCAGCGUGGUGUGGGAAGUCGCCUGGACUCUCUGCUUGGCCAGUGCAUGUAUUUCGGCCUUUCGUUUAGCCGGGUCGGGGUGGAUUUCCGUGGCCAGCUGGCCCCCAUAUUUCAGCGGGUCUCCAUUGAUACAUUCCGCAAGGCUGUUCAGGAAGCUGUGGACAAGUUCCAAGAGGAUAUGAACUUGUAUACCCUGAUUUCUCUUCCAACGAUACUUGGAAGCACCAUUCCCUCAGUGGCUCCAAGCACCCAACCAGGCACACUGCAGCCCCCCAUGGCCCUGUUGGACUUCCCACCUCUGGCCUGCUUCCUAAAUAAUGUCCUAACAGCCUUCAAUGACUUAAGACUGUGCUGCCCCAUUGGACUCGCGCAGGAAGUUAGCAAAUGUGUUGAGGAAGCCCUUAUAAAGGUGACCAAGCUGAUCCUGGUUUUCCACCGAGCCGAAGAAUCCGCCUUCAGCAGCCGAGAAAGGGAGUUUUUUGUUCAGUUCUGUUCGACAUAUGCUGAGGACAUGGUGCCUUUCUUGAACCGAUGUUUGCAAGUUUUGUUUCCUCCAGCCCAGCUCGCUCUUAUACUAGGUGUCCCUCCAACCCAGGUUUAUAAGUUCGGCAGUCUUGGUUGCAUCGAUGUAAACAUGGUUCUGGAGCCACUAGAGUUUGUUCUGCCCAAAAAAGAGCCCAUGACAUCAGUUCUGGACAUCUGUGCUGAUCUGAGCAAUUUGACUACAGCUGAAUCAGAUCCCUUGCCUGCAAUCAAACCCGAACCUACUGAAGAAAAGCUUCCAGAAGAGCCUGUACCUCCUAAACGAGACACGUUUACAGAAGAGCCCGAGACAACUUCUGAUGCCCAUCUUUCUCCAAAACAGGACAUUUCAGCAGAAGCACUUGCUACAGGGCAAAAUGACCCAAUUCCAGGGUCUGAAAUGACUUUUGUUGUAGAGGAUUUGUCCACAACAGACAUUAACGUUGAAGAAACAUUUACAGAAUAAGCCACAGCAGCUAUAUAUAAUCGCUAUAACUGCAGUUCCUUGUAUUUCAGUCUGAACAAUGUUUCUAUGUGUCCUAAAAACUGAAUCCUGACGUUGGGAUCUGGUGGUGUUUUGAUAUUAAUUAACCAUCUAGACAAACUUAAUCCAGGGCUGGGCUUGGUCUGCAUCUUUUAUAAGCAAUUUUAUUUGGUGACGGUAAAAAUUUAAGAUAUGAUGGAAAUAAACACGGUUGAUAUUUAAAUUGUGGGAAAAUAUAUGUUCAUUGAAUCAAAGGGGAGCAUCAGUGGGCACAAAAAGGAUUUGGACAUUUAAGCUACACUUUGAAAUGUAUUGAUGUCAUUGCAAUAGAUGAUAAAAUGUCAAACCAAGUCUCAUCUAUUUGGAAGAAACAUCAAACAAGCACGCUUUUCACGGCAAACUUAUCACACACAAAAACGUGGUUAGGUUUGGAACGAUAAACCAAUAGAUAUACUAUGCAAAUGUAAAAUAUAUUGACACUUUGUGGUUGUCAGGCUUUAGUGGAACUUGUUUAUAGUUCAUGUGCUGAAGUCCACCUGUGAACUUGAGAGGAACUGACUUUAUUCAGCCACUAAAAAUCACUGUGACACCAGUUGGUUAAAAUAGCAAAAACGGCUCGGAAAAGCAAAUUAAGUUCUGAGAAAAGGUUGAAUAUUAUUUGUUUGGAGAUUUGCAUUGGGGAUUUUGUUCGGAGGAUUCAUUUAAUUAAAAAAUAGAAGUCUUUGAAAUCUCUGUGCAACAUUUAAGGUAAACAUUUGUAUUAAAAUGGCUAUUUAUCACAGUAUUUUUACUAUUAGGCUAUUUAGAUUGUGUCAAAUAUUGUUUAUUGUUCCAACAUUAUUGUUAGCAAGAAUGUCACUAACAAUAGUGUUGCCAAUAUUUAUACUAAUGUUAAUUUAAACAUUUUCCCAGUAUCAACUCUGAUCCCAUUCCAGUUUUACUUCUAAACAAAAUCAUCCCAUACAGUUUAGGUGAUCCACCAAAAGCUCUACGAAUCGGAUCAAAAGGAUACGUUCGCUGAACGACAUAACUAUUGCAGAUUGACAGUGAAUGGUGAUCAGGCCUUGGAAGAUCCAAAAAUGAGAUAAAGUCAGCAUAAACAUAAUCAGUCAGACUCCAGUGGUUUAAUCCAUGUUUUCUGAAGCGAUCCAGUUCAAUCUGGGUGAGAACAGACCAAAAUAUAACUUUUUUAACUGUACAUCUUCACAUGAUUUUGAGCUCGAUUACACUUCCCAGUUCUUGAUGCAUGCGCAGAGCGCUAGAUGGAACUGUAGGAAGUGUAAUCGAGCUUGAAAUCAUGAUUGCCAGUGAUACUGCUGAUGUCAAGGUUUAUUAUGAAAAUAGUUAUUUUUUUUGGUCUUUUCUCAACCAAAUUGAACUGGAUUGCUUCAGAAGACAUUGAUUAAACCACUGGAGUCUGAUUGAUUAUGUUUAUCCUGACUUUAUCUCCUUUUUUGGAGCUUCAAAUGUCUGAUCACCAUUCACUUGCAUUGUAAGGACCAACAGAGCUGAGAUAUGCUUCUGAAAGUCAUACACAUCUGGAAUGGCAUGAGGGUGAGUAAAUGAUGAGAGAAUUUUACUUUUUGAGGCCACUGUAAAUGCCUGUAAUUUGACCUUUUUUUUUUUUUUUUUUGUCGUGAUUUUUAUUUGUAUAGUGCUUUUCACAACACACAUCGUUUCAAAGCAGCUUUACAUAAAAUCACGCAUUAUCAGAAAAUGAAACUGUAAUAUUUAUAAAGUCUUAAGAGUCAAUAUGAUUGCAAAUUGAGUAUAAAAAUAAAUAAAUAUUGCAAGUUUGUAUUGCAAUUUCAUUCUGAUGUAUGCUUUUGGUUUGUCAGCGUUUUAAAAAAAAAAAAAUUUAAAAAAUG